GUAUCACUCACUUUCUUUUCAUGAUCAGCUCUUCUCGCUCUGUGGUUUAUUGUGUGCCCAUCUAAUUGAUUAGUCUUUUUUUAACAAUCCAUGGAUAGAAUUAAUUGUAAACUUUAUUAAAUCAGAAUCUAUUCACCAUAAUAAGUGUUUUGAAAGUUAUAAUCUUGUUCAUUCCUUUUAGACUAUUGCGCUUUUGUGUAGUCAGUGUAACACUAGUUUCUCUCUGAGCAAUCAGCUAAACUUCAAUUUCCACAUCUUUGUUUCUUCUUGCUUUUGUUUUCAUCUUUCCCCAUUGUUCGUUGACCCUUUCCUAUCAUUAUGUUUAGCAGAACUCUCGUAGGAAGUAAAAGCGUCAUCAGUGUAGUUAAACCCGUAAGCGACUUAUUUAAUUCUCAGCAAUCAUGUUUUUCUAUUUGCCAUCAACACAAUCGAUUGGAUUGGUUUUACAAUCACAAUGCCAUUGACAUUGCGGCGUUGAAGCCUUCCGUUCGCUUAACUCCAGCAACUCUUUUGUAUGCUGGUAAAAGCCCAGAUGGAAGUCAUCUAUUGAGAAGUGCACAAUAUUUACAUAAGGAAUUGCCGGUGAGGAUUGCCCAUCGAAUCGCUGGAUUUCGCGAGUUACCGUUCAUUGUAGGAUGUAAUCCAACCAUUCUAGGAGUCCAUGAGCAAUACAUCCAGGCUUUUUACCAAGUCACAGAGUUUCCCGAGAUCACAGAUCUCGAAACAGAGAAACGUUACACGGCCAUGUUGAGGCAAUUGCUUGAUACGCACAAGGACGUGGUUACGAGGUUGGCCGAAGGAUUUCGCGAAUCAAGAAAACAUAUAAAGAACGAAGAGAUAAUACGAAUUUUUUUGGAUCGGACUUUAACUUCGCGGCUUGGUAUGCGAAUUCUGGCCGAACAUCAUUUAGCAUUGCACAAUGAAAAGUCUAAUCACGUUGGAAUCAUCAAUUUAGCCAUGAAGCCCAAACAACUGAUUGAAAAAUGGUGUGAUUAUGUUCGAGUUUUAUGUGAGAAUAAAUAUGGAAAAUCUCCAGCAUUUCGUUUAAAUGGUCAUCUUAAUGCAUCUUUUCCUUAUAUUGAAACACCAUUGGAUUAUAUUCUUCCUGAACUUCUCAAGAACGCAGUUAGGGCCAACGUAGAGUCUCAUUUAGAUUCACCUAAUGUGCCACCGAUAACUAUUACAAUUGCUCAGAACAACAUUGAUUUUAUCAUCAGAAUUUCUGAUCGAGGUGGUGGAAUAUCUCAUGACAUGAUAGAUCUUGUAACACAAUACCAUUUCACAACAUCUGGAACGAGCACUGAUCAUCGUAUUGAUGGUGGUCUUUUCGGAUGCAUGAUGCACGAACCUAAUUCAGCUACCACUAAGAUGCAUGGAUUUGGCUUUGGUUUACCAAUUUCUCGAGCUUAUGCUGCUUAUCUUGGUGGAUCUCUCACUAUUGAAUCGAUGCAAGGAACUGGGACUGAUGUGUAUCUACGAUUAAAACAUAUCGACGGGAAACAUGAAAGCUUCCGAAUUUGAUCUCGAGCACAACUCAACCUGUGAAUUUUUUUAAAUCGAAAUGUUUUGAUCAUAAAUCAAAUUUGCUUCUUUUUUAUUUCUCUUUAAUUGUCUUUACCUUGUUUCCAAUAAGCUUGUUUAAUAUUUUGUAAAAGUUUCGCUUAUUACAACUUUCUGGAAACAUCAUGUAACUUAUACACUAAUUCAAUUCAACAGAAAGAAAAAAUAUAUCUUUU